CACAAAGCAUCAUCACAUUGCGCUCUCUAAACAGCGUCUCAGAGUCAGACAAGUUGGUAUAAACAUGCAGACUCUGACAAAACAAACAAAAUAAAAUAAAUAAAACCUGUUUUUCAUUUUAUGAGAUAGAAGAAAAACACACAAAGUCACAAUAAACAAUUUAGGAAAAAAGAACACCCUUUCAGUUUCAGUUUGAGGGUGAGUUUCUCACUAGAAAAUUGAAUUUGCUUUUUCAUGUCUGGUCUUUCUCUUUCUUCUCUUAGUAUUACAACUUGGGUCAUAAUGGAAUAUUGAUCUGUUCAGAUUCUUGUAGCCCUUUGAAGUUACCCAUUUAUUAUAUUAUAUAUAUCCUUAUCUGGGUAUUCUUUGUUUGUUUGUUUAUUCUUUUUUUUCUUACAAUUUUGGUUUUGUUUUUACUUCUUUGUUGGGUGUUUUUCCUUGUGCUUCGUUGAUUAUUUAAUCAUACCUAACCGCAUAAUCUAAAGUGUUUGGAAUAGGUAUAUUUUCUUUAGGAUUGGUAUUUAAUUAGUUGAAUACAAGGUCUAUCCCAUCGUUUUCAUCUCCAUUGAAGCAAAGUGCUAUAAAGUUCAGCUUUAUCUGGAAUUUUAUCUGUUGAAAUUGUAGGAUUUUUCUGUACAAAUAAUGAUCUUUGCCUCUUCUUCUUGAAGACCUUUCUCAUGCAUCAGGAACCAUUUUAUAAUUCGACUGUCCAGAGAGUUGGAACCAUGUCUUUAGUAAGGUCUGCGGAACCAGCUACUGCGUCAUGUAGAAAUACGAAGCUCUAUUCAAUACAGGAUAGCAGUGACAGUACUGGCAUGGCCAUUCGAAUGUUUGGUUCUGAUAAGCAUAAGUCUGUUUAUGUUAUGGAUUCUUACAGCAGCGAGAGCUACGAGAAAUACUUCCUUGAUUCUCCUACAGAUGAGCUUAUACAUUCAUCUAGUUCUGGAAUUUCUGGAAGUUCAGUUCGCCUACAAGAUGUCUCUUCUUGCCAGAUAAGAGAUUACUCAGAAAUCCAAAGCCCAGAUACGCUAGACUCUGAUUCGGAUAAGAUGAAACUGAAGCUUCAAGAACUGGAGAGAGCUCUGCUUGCUGAUAAUGACGUUGAUGGGGAUGAUGACAUGUUUGGCACUGGUCUAAGCAUGGAAGUAGAUGGUGAGUGGUCUGAUCCUAUCAGGAUGGGUUCUCAUCACGACUCGCCAAAGGAGUCAUCAUCCUCAGGUUCUUAUCUCGAUUGCGUUAGUGGUGACAAAGAGGUUUCACAUGUGUCAUCUCAGACUCCUAAGCAAAUGCUGAUUGAAUGUGCUGCUAUACUCUCAGAAGGUCACAUUGAAAAAGCUUCAGCCAUAAUAAAUGAGCUUCGCCAGAAGGUCUCGAUUCAAGGAGAUCCGCCCCAGAGAAUUGCAGCCUACAUGGUCGAAGGCCUUGCAGCUCGCAUGGCAGCAUCCGGAAAAUAUCUUUACAAAGCUUUAAGAUGCAAAGAGCCCCCUUCUUCUGAUAGGCUUGCAGCAAUGCAAAUCCUCUUUGAAGUGUGCCCUUGUUUCAAGUUUGGAUUUAUGGCAGCAAAUGGUGCAAUUAUUGAGGCAUUUAAAGGUACAAGCUGAAGGAGGAUGUGGGUGCACUUCAUUUUGGUUGGGAAGACAAAAGCUUGAUUGUUGCUUCAGCAUGGAGUUAGGAAGUUCAGCUCUGAAUGUUCAUUGUAAACUAUAGAGUUGUUCCAGAAAAAUGACUUUAAUCCUUUGUGCUUAUGUAAAAUUCCAGAGAAGAGUAGGUAUUGCUAAUUAUCUAACAUUUUUCUUAAAUAAUAUAUGUUUUUCGAAACAUUUGAACGAUGUUCACCUCAAUAA